GUUAGUCUGGUAGAGACUAGGUUUCACACGAUGGCCUCCCGCGCGGCAGUCCUCCUAGCCUCCGCUGUAGCAGCUCUUACAGUGCCCGGCUACGCCAGCUACAGGAGGAAGAGAUGGCUGAAGUCCAGACGACAGCGGGUGAUAGUGUUCACGCGGUACCCCGCACCUGGCACCACCAAAUCUCGCCUGAUUCCGGCUCUGGGAGAACAGGGAGCUGCUCUGGCACAGCUGCACAUGACAGAUGCGAUCCUGCACGAAGCAGGCAGACUUCAACAGAGGAACCCAGAGGACCUGUCAGUAGAGGUGCGGUACCAUGGAGGCACUCAGGAGGACAUGAGGUACUGGCUGGAGAGGAGGACAGGCAUUAGCUGCUGGUGGAGGGUACAGGAGGGAGAGGACCUGGGACAGAAAAUGGCCAACGCUUUUAAGGAUGCUUUUAGGGAGGGGACUGAAAAUGUGGUCUUGGUAGGGAGUGACAUCCCAGCCAUCACUGCAGACAUUUUGGAGGAGGCUCUUCAGACUCUGAACUCGAGCCAGGAAGAAGAUGUCUGUGUCUUAGGACCUGCCAUAGAUGGUGGUUACUACCUAGUGGGUCUGAACAGACAAACAGACAGCCGUGUUAUAGGUCGUGGAAUGCAAUUAAACGCUGGCUCCCAGCAUGCAUCGGGAGACUACCUCCUGUUCCUGCACGCUGACACACAGCUGCCGUCGUCAUGGCAACGGGACGCCUACAGAACGCUCUGCCGUCCGGGGGUGGUGGUCGGAGCCUUCCCCUUCGGACUGGACGUGGUGCAGGAUUCAAGUCAUUCAAAGAGGCAGUUCCAGUCUGUCGGAGGCUUCCCAGAGUUCCCUCUGCUGGAGGAUGUGGAGAUGUUGCGGCGGCUGAAGCGGCACGGCCAUGUCGGCAUCACGGAGGGGUCAGGGGUCAUCACCUCCGCUCGCAGGUUUAGGAAACAUGGGUAUCUCAAGGUGACAUCUCUGAACACAUUCAUACUGCUAGCCUACCAGAUGGGAGUUCACCCCGACACGUUGGCUGUGUGGUACUAUGGAAGGAAAGUGCCAGACAAAGACUGAAGGGUGCUUAUACGUGUACAUUUGACACGGGUGGUCCAUGGUCGCACAACUUAUUUGGAACAAAUUGUAAGCCAUCGGGUGUAACUUUCAUUUAUUUGCAUGACA